AUGUGCUGGUGUUCACAGUACACCGCGGAUUGUUCACAUAAUGGCGGACUGUUAAAGUUUGUGCCAAAGCUGCCUUCCACCAUCUCAAGGUUAGGCUUUUCCUUCAACAACCUGACUCACCUUCAUUCAGACUUCUUCAGCAAUGUCACCCAGCUCUCCUCCAUAAAUCUCACUGGCAACGGACUUUCCUCCAUCGACCAGCAUGCCUUUCGUGGUUUACGAAAUCUGACUAAUAUAACUCUCGACAACAACAAUCUAGAUUUCGACUCUGUACGACCAGUUCUGAAUGUAUCUUCGUUAGUUCGACUGCAGAUGUGCAAUAACUACAAUGCUACCUACAUUCCUGAAAACAUAUUCUUGGAGUUUUCAUUACCACACUUGAGUGACUUGGUUAUUGCUGCAAGCGAUUUGCGAGUUUUAAAUAUGAGUGUUUUCAAACCGCUCAAGAAGCUGGUUUCUCUGGACGUGGGGGACAAUGACAUACACAGUAUUGUGCCAGACAGUUUGCAGUCGCUCAAUAAUCUCUUCCUCAACGAUAAUAACAUUGGAAAAGACUUCAUACAGACGUGUUCCAACAUAAAAAAGUCGCUUUUUCCAAUGCUACGCUAUCUCCGUCUACGCGAUUCAAUCAGUGUGCAAAUGUUUGAUCAGUGCCCAAAACUUUCCUUUCUUCAGCUAGAUGACAAUAAUUUUUCCAAUGUCACCGACGCAAAACUUCAACAACUUUUUCAUCGUAUCCCCAUGCUUACUACGGUCUACCUGGGUAAUUCAAGAAUCAAAACUAUCACAUCUGAUACAUUUAAAGGUAUUCCCCAUGUUCAGGAAUUGAGUUUGUAUUCAAACGCAAUCGAGGAUCUUCCAGACGGCGUCUUCGACCAUCUUGUCAACUUGACGAUCCUUCGUGUUGACAACAAUCGUCUGUCAGAGAUAAGGGAGACCACCUUCAGUGGCAGCACUCGCCAACGUCUUCGCCAACUGGACUUGAGCAACAAUCCCUAUGCGUGCACUUGCAGCUUGCGGUGGUUCCGAUCCUGGCUGAUGGACGAAAGUGAAAAGUUUUUAAAGUUUCCGACAGGUUAUGUGUGCUCUCCUUUCUUAUCCAGCAGCAGUAAACAAGUGAGAACAACAGCUGUCAUGGCGAAUGUCUCUGAGGGUGGCAAGUACAGCAGCGAAUGGUCUGAUUUUCCCGAGCGAAAAUCGCAACCAAUUUCACGACAUUUCCAGCAGGUAUAUCACCAUCAGUACCACCAGCCCCCAGUCUUAACUCUCACAGAAACAUCAGUUUCUGAUUCACGAGGCCACUCCACCGUUUACCUGUGUGAUUUCCUUUUGAGCGAUCAAGCGUGUCUGUUGAGUCAGUCCACCAGUCUGUUGACGGCAGUUCUGGCGGCAGUGCUGGUGGUGUUCAUGCUGACCUUCCUGGUGCUGUACAAGUACCGCUGGCACAUUCGCCUGGCGCUGUACGAGGCUUUUCGAGGAAACCCGCAACGACGACGACGACAACCUGAGCGCGAGUACGAGUAUGAUGUGUUCGUGUCGUACGCCAACGAGGACGUGGACUGGGUGAGACAGGAACUCAUACCGACACUGGAAGGGAGACACGGGCUGAGGCUGUGUGUCCACCAGCGAGACUUCCCUGUGGGCGGCAACAUCAUCGACAACAUCAGCACCUGUGUGCACGCGUCCAAGCGUGUCCUCUUUGUGUUGUCGCCGCACUUCGCCAGGAGCCGCUGGUGUCAGUUUGAACUGGUGUUCUGUCAAAACUACGUCAUGGAACGCGAUGACGUCCUGGUGCUGACGCUGCUGGCGCCCAUUAGCAGUCGUGACAUGACUGACGCCAUCUCCGCCAUGUUUAAGACGACGACUUACCUGGCGUGGGGCGAGGAAGACGACGCGAGAAAGGCUUUCUGGGGUCGUCUGGUACUGGCUUUCCACGACAUUGUGCCUCGACAGGUGGCGUGAGUAGUAACAACGAGAGACAAACAACUGAUGCUCAUGCCACUCUUGUGUCUGUUGGCAUCAGCUGUAUUUGAGACAUUUCUUUAUGCUCUGCCUUGUAUCCAUAAUGGAAUUUUACUCAUGCAGCUGUAUUAUCUUGCUGCAUUUUUAACGCGUCCUGUAUUUUAAAGUUUGGCUUAUUAAUGUUGCAUCAGGGUUAAAACCCUUCAGUCUAUUGUACUGUCUGAGCCUUUUUUUUUUGCUAUAGCUGGACAUAGUGGCUAUAACAGCUGGGUUAAGUAUUAAUGUUAAUGCUAAUGUAUUUACCAAUGCUUUCCCUGUAACUAGAGUGAAAUUAUUGAAAUGUGUGUCUGUGUGCCGAGAAGAUGAAGAGAAAGUGUUUGGUUGUAUAUAGGUAUAGUGUGUGGAAUUAGAGCUUAGACUCUGUUUUUCAAUUCUUUACUUCCAUGAGAUAAUGUAGGUUGCAAUUUCUGCUUAACAUAUACUUGGUGGGGGGAGGGACUUUUCCUUACAACACCGGGGGUAGACCUGGAACUAUUA